CCGCACAACUUGGAAGGAGUGUUCAGCUGUGGGAAGAGAUGUGCCAGCCCCAGCCGCUGCUGGCCCUGCUGCUCCUGCUUUCCUGCCCAUGGGCCAAUGCCAGUGCUUUACGGGGUCAGAUUGUGGGGGGCCAUGAGGCUCAGCCCCACUCCCACCCUUACAUGGCCUACCUAAAGGUAGGGAUGUUAGCGUGCGGAGGCUUCCUGGUGGCCCCUGACUGGGUGAUGACAGCUGCACACUGCAUGGGGAAUGCCACAGUCAUACUGGGGGCUCACAACAUCCACGAACCAGAAACGACCCAGCAGAUCCGGGGAGUUAUCAGAUACUACCAGCACCCUGAAUAUGACCCCAACACCGUGUCUAACGACAUCAUGCUGCUCAAGCUGACAGCAAAGGCCACUCUCAAUGACUACGUCAAGACCAUUCCACUGCCCAAGACCAGCAGUGACCUCCCCACGGGCACCAAGUGCAGCAUAGCUGGAUGGGGCCUGAUCGACAACGACCGGGCGACCAACAAGCUCUUUGAAACCAAAGUCUCCAUCUACAGCCGCAGGAAAUGCAUCCACUUCUAUCCACAUCUCAACACCGGCAUGGUGUGUGCAGGCAGCUUCCACGAGCUCAGUGAUUCCAGCCAGGGAGAUUCUGGUGGGCCACUGGUAUGCAAUAAGGUGGCACAAGGCAUCGUUUCCUUUGGGUACAACACCCCACCCGGGGUCUACACCCGCAUCUCCAACUACUUGCCCUGGAUCAAAAAAAUCCUGAAGAAGUAGCAGCAGCAGCACUCGCUCCAGCAUUGGUGCAGCCCUGGAGACUGCACUGGUUUCCUUCCUGCCCCUGCUGAAGGCUUGACUCCCUCCUCUCCUUGCAAACCUGAGUGACCUGAUCGGUGCACACAAGCAUGCCCUGCUUUCUGUUCUGAGGCUGCUGGCUGUCCCAUUCCCUGCCCAUCUCAGGCAGACAGUUCGGGGCUAUGUUAAAUCACCCUGGCAGAAGCAGGGAUCACCCCAGAUGGCACCAGAAAGAGGCUGUGCUACAAUGGAUCCCGUUUCCUUCAGAGAUAACCCUGUCCCUGCUUGAACCUUGCUGCACUUAAAACACCCACAGUAAACUCAGGCUGCAUUU